AUGGCAUCCAUUACCGAAACACUACAAGGUUUCCAAAACCAACUGCUAGAACAGGCGGAAGAGGUCGGCGCUCUGAAAUUCGGAGCGUUCACCCUUAAAUCUGGCCGUGUUUCGCCCUACUUUUUCAAUGCGGGCCUCAUGAGUUCCGGAAAUAUCUUAAAUACCAUAGCGAACGCAUACGCUGCUACUAUAAUCGCCGGACUCGGCUUUCCAACCAACCCCCUCCCUCCAUUCGAUGUCAUCUUUGGACCGGCGUACAAGGGUAUCUCGUUGGCUGCAUGCACCGCCCUCGUACUAAGUGCGACCUACGGCAAGUCUUAUGGAUUUGCUUACGACAGGAAGGAGGCAAAAGAUCAUGGCGAGGGUGGGAAGCUAGUCGGUGUGCCUGUCAAAGGGAAGAAAGUGCUCAUCCUCGACGACGUCAUGACUGCGGGCACGGCCGUUAGCUUGGCCAUCGCAUCGAUCCAGAGUGCAGGGGGAGAAGUGGUGGGCGUCGUGCAGCUGCUAGAUAGAGAGGAAGUGGGGAAAGAUGGAGAAAGCACUGUAGACGAGAUCGAAAACGUCGUGGGCGGCAGAGGACGCGUCCAGUCGGUGCUGAAGAUGAAAGACCUCAUGCGUUGGCUAGCGAGCAACGGUAAGCAGGAACAGCUGAAGGCGAUGGAAGCGUACCGGCAACAAUACGGUAGGAAGGAGUAA